AUGCCUGUACAUUUCCUCAAGACCCUACUCCUGUUCAGCAAGUCCGACGUCAUACCGAUUCUGGGUCCUUCGCUCGCGGUUGCUAUGGUUCUCGCUGGCCCCACCGACAUCUACUCGUUUAUCAUGGGCUUCGCCUGGCUCGAGCUUCACCUACUGACAUUCGAGGUUCGUUCAACCCUCGAUCGGCCUCUGCCCGAACCUCUCUCUGAUAUCUUGACGCAGAUCAAGAACCAAAUUACAGGAUUGGAAGAAGACCGCCUCUCGAAACCAGACCGCCCCAUCGCCGCCGGUCGCCUAACUGUUUUCUGGGCCCAGCGACUCUACAUCCUCGUCGGCAUCCUCUCGGUUGUCUGGAGCGUAUAUCACGGCCUCUUGCUCUGCAGCACCAUCUAUAUGAUCGCAAUCGUAUGCUACAACGAGCUCCAGAUGUCCCGUCACUGGUUCUUCAAGUCAUUCCUCGGGGCUAUCGGGUACGCAGUGUAUUGCUGGGGCACGACAUCCAUCUUUGAUCACGGAAAUGCACUCUCCGUAACCUCCAUCGUCGCCAUCACGUGUAGCUUUCUCCUCCAUGUCACGACAGGCCAUGCCCAAGACUUCCGCGAUCUCUCGGGGGACGCCGCCAUUGGCCGCGUCACCCUCCCGAUGCUGCUCCCGCCCGCCCUCGCCCGCUGGUCGCUCUCCGCAUCAAUCAUCCUCUGGACGACCGCCUUGGCCGCCCUCUGGCUCCCACCACCCCCGGUUAUCGCUCUCCUCGCAGCGCUCGCCAGCGUCACGAGCAUGCGUUUCGUCAAGAACAUCGCCGCUCGCGACGACAUCCACCGCGAGAAGCUCGACGGCAAGGCGUACUGGUGGUACAACAUGUGGCUGAUCACUGCCCACAUGCUUCCGCUCUUUACGCCGGUCGUUGACCCACUUGCCCUCCUCCCCCCGGGUCCGCUAAGCUUACAAGCUGCGAAACCGAUUUGGGAAUCACUGUUUCUUUCUCCUUCUCCUUCCCCCUCUUCCUCGCGCUAG